AUGUGGGUCCUGCCCCCAGCGAACGUGGAAACCCUGGACACCUACACCCAAAACACGCUCUGUGCGCUCUACCUCAAGGCCACUGCGGCCACAGUCCUCGGGCAACUGCUCAGUGUGCUGAAGGUGCAGCACACCAGCCUCACUGACUUCCUUGACCCAGCCAGGAGGACUCUCUGGCACCUGCAGCAGGAGGCCUGUGCCCAGUAACCCAGCCUCAUAACCCUCCAGGACGGCUGGCCACUGUGCGCCUGAGGGAAGGUGGUGGUGCAGCUGGCCACCCUCUGCAGAGUCCGGCUUAGGCCCCAUGACUUCUACCUGCAUGUGGCAGUCGGGCAUCAGCACACGGCCAGGCGGGUCCUGACAUGCCUCUCCCGGCGAGGGGGGGAGACGGAGCAUAUCGCUGUCCCUGAGGCCAUGUAUGGCCAGGUCUUCACGGGAGAGUUCCUGGAGCAGGUGAGCACUGAUCAGGGCAACUUCCCUCUGCAGAGCUGCCUGCUGACCACCAGCACUGCCAUCCACUGUGCCCCAUGGGGCAGCUUCACGGAUCCUACCUUCGUCCUGCAGGGCCGCCCCCAGCCUGAGCAUCCACAACUCUGUAACACCUGGGAGGCCCCUGCCUCAGCCAUGGUGGGCACCCUCUCCCUGCAGGGAGCUCCGACCCUGCAGCCCCACAGUGGGCGCCCAGACGGAGACCCUGCGACCCCCCAUGAGAACUUGGAUGGAGACUUGGAGGGGCCAGGAGUGGGGCCAGGGCCCAUGGACAGAAGGGGCAGCCCCGAGGCCUUCCACACAGGUGGGCCCAGCCCGGGCCCCAGGGGGCGCUGGUUCCGGAAGUCGUAUGUGGAGGCCCUUCGCAACCCCGUGCCUCUGGGCUCCAGCUCCGAAGAGUCCCUUCUGGAUGACGCCAUGGACCCAACGCCCAGAUGCUUGAACCAGGGCAGCAGGCCCAGGGCAGGUGCCACCCUGGUGCAGAGGGGCUCUGUGCCCCGCCAGAAGCCACAGGAGAGUCACCUGCCCACAGACAGGGCAAGGAUGGCACCCAGGAAGUCAAGGUCGUGGGAUAAGCCCCUCAGGGUCCCCCUCAGCAAAGGACCCAAGACCCAACAGGAGUCUGGUGACUCGGCAGACAUCCAGACUGCAGGGAUGGGAUCCACGGGUCUCAGUGCUGCACUGCGGAGCCCCGAGAGCCCCCAAGAGGAGGAAGGUGUUCCUCUAGCCUCAGUCGGCGUCAAUGCAGAUAGCAGCAGCUCUCGGAGACCAAUGCCUAACACCUUCUCCAACCAGCAGCCCAAGCCGCUGUGCCCCGAGGGCCCCGGAGACCCUGAGCUCCGGGUACCUGGCCAGGUGCUAGAUGUCAGCCCCAUACUGCUGCAGUUGGGGACAGUGAUCCUCCCAGGGACCCGGGACCACAGCGGCCGGGCAGUGGUGCAGGUGUGCAUGGGAGGCCCUGUCUGGGCCAGGGAGCAUGCCUCGAGUGCUGAGCUGACCCGCCUCCUGAUGUACCUGCACAGCAUUCCCAGGAAGGAGGUACAGGACCUAGGCCUGGUCAUCCUGGUGGAUGCAAGAAAGGGUCCAGUUGCUCCUGCUCUCUCCCAGGCCCUCAAGGCCCUGCAGAACACAGUUCCUCCCAUAAUUCACAGCAUUUUGCUGCUGGUGGAUAAAGAAUCAACAUUAAGGCCUGACAAGGAUGCAGCAAUUCAGUGGGAGGUGGUGAGCUCCCUAAAGGCUCUGCACAAGCUCAUUGACAGCUCCCAGCUGACUGCAGAGUUCGACGGCUCCUUCCCCUACAGCCACAGCGACUGGGUCUGCUUCCGAAAGAAACUGGAACCCUUCACCGCGAACUGCAAACAAGCCAUUGUUUUCCUACAAAAUUCAGUCUGCUCCCUGAACACCCACAGAGCCUUAGGUACAGCACAGGAAGUCACCGAGCUCAUCUACAUGCACAGGGCCAUGAUGAAGUGUGUCCUGGAAGACACACUGCUGGUCAACCUCAGGCUGGAGGGUGGCGCUGUCCUGGCAAGGCUGAGGAGGGACGAACUCUUCACCCUCUCUUCCAGGGACGCCAUCGAGGCAGCCACUAGGCUGUAUGAGCAGGUGGAUGAGGAGGUGCACAGGCUGGUCCUGUCCUCCAACAGGUGUCUGCAGCAGCUGGAGGGCCUGCAGGAGCUGAGGCGGCACCAGGAGGGACCUGUCCAGUGGCUGGAAAGGGAACGAGAGCAAUCCCUCAGCCCCGUGGAGCUGGCCUCGCUCGAGAACAAGAAGGAAAAGCAGGAGGUGUAUGAGGCUUUCCACGAGGCAGCCGCAGCGGCAGCCAGAUGGAGGCCACCCUGCAGGGAGCACCCCGAGACCACCUCUUCUUUGCUGGAUGCUGAGCAUCUGGGGAGCUGCUGCCGAGUGGCUGCCACAGUGGAGCCGGGGCCAGGCAAAGGGCAGGAGCUGUGGCGGUGCCGGGCCCUGUGGUCACAGGGCAAGCAGACCAGCCACCACCUGGAGGAGGCCUAUCCUGAAGCCGCCCCUGGCUGCAGCUCACCAACCUUUCCCCGGAAGGCCAACCCCUCUGGGCAGGACACGCAGAGUACACAAGAGGACAUGCAUCUGGGCCCAGGUGUGCCUGCUCCGUGGGACACACCGCCUUCCCUGGAGGGCCCCCUGGACAAUAGCUCCCCCUGUCACCCUGAGCCCACCUGGGCCCCGAGUCCCCGCAUCAGGAAGCACCCCAUGAAGAAGAUGAUGAAGAAAACACAGAGCUUCGAGUCCCCACUGCCUGACGGUGGCCCCAGGGAGCUCCGCCAGCUGGGACACACUGGGGUACACAUCAAGGGCCUGGAGGUGACAAGUACCUUGGCCACCAAGAACCCCCUGCUUCCCCGGAACCGCAGCCUGUCCUCUCCAUCCAGAGUCCACCACCCUGAGGGGGAUGGGAGGCCGCAACCGGGAAGCCGCCUGUACCACAUAAUGGCCGAGAUGGUUUCCACGGAGAGGGAGUAUGUCAGGUCCUUAGGAUAUGUCAUCGACAACUAUUUUCCAGAAAUGGAAAGGGUGGACCUGCCUCAGGACCUGCGAGGGAAGCGUGGCACCAUCUUUGGGAACCUGGAGAAGCUCCAUGACUUCCACCGCCAGCACUUCCUCAGGGAGCUGGAGCGUUGCCGGCACUGCCCGCUAGCCGUGGGCCUUGGCUUUCUGAAACACGAGGAGCAGUUCCGCAUGUACGCGCUGUACAGCAAGAACAAGCCACGCUCAGAUGCUCUGCUCAGCAGCCAUGGCAAUGCCUUCUUUAAGGCCAAGCAGCAAGCACUGGGAGACAAGAUGGACCUGGCCUCCUACCUGCUGAAGCCAGUGCAGCGCAUGAGCAAGUAUGCACUGCUGCUCAAGGACCUGGUCAAGGAGGCCAGCCGAAGCUCCACCCAGGAGCAGGAUCUCAGCCAGCUGCAGGCUGCUGAGGACAUGGUCUGUUUCCAGCUACGCCAUGGCAAUGACCUGCUGGCCAUGGAUGCCGUGCGUGGCUGUGACGUGAACUUGAAGGAGCAGGGGCCUCUCAGGUGCCAGGAUGAGUUUGUCGUCUACUGCGGGAGGAGAAAGUACCUGCGCAGGGUGUUCCUCUUUGAGGACCUCAUCUUGUUCAGCAAAACGAAGAAGAUGGACGGCGGCUACGACAUCUACGUGUACAAGCAGUCCUUCAAGACGGCUGAGAUCGGAAUGACAGAGAACGUGGGCGACAGUGGCUUGAGGUUUGAGAUCUGGUUCCGACGGCGGCGGCGAAGGUCUCAAGACACCUACAUCCUGCAGGCAAGCUCCGCAGAGAUGAAGACUGCAUGGACCAGCAUCAUAGGGAGGAUCCUGUGGCGGCAGGCCCUGCGAAACCGAGAACUCAGAAUGCGAGAAAUGGUGUCCAUGGGGUUAGGCAAUAAGCCAUUUAUGGACAUCAAGCCCAGUGAUGCUGCCAUAAGUGACCGGGCCAUCGAUUAUACCAUGAAGGGCACAGAGUCUUGGUCGCGCGCAUCCAUCGCUGUGUCCUCAUUUGACCACACCACCCCCUUCAAGAGACCCCACUCCACCAUCUCUGACAGCAGUACCUCCUCCUCCAGCAGCCAGUCCUCCUCAGUCCUGGGCUCUCUGAACCUGCAUGUGUACUCUGGUCUCCCAGGCCUGCUGAGCCCCGCCCUCUGGCCCUGGCCCUAUGAUGUCAGAGCCUGCAUUGAGGAAGAGGAGCUGGAGCAGAAUACUGGCAGCCAGCCCUCAAUGAGUGAGUGAAUUCAAGCGCU